GUGACAAGGGGGCUGGCAAGUUGUGAAAGGGUGUCUGAAAACUUGGCCCCUAGUGCAGUCCACUUCGCUGAUUUUGUUCCUAUGAAUUAUGAGGAAGAGGAGGCCGUGGAAGAAGCCAUGAUGCGUAGUCUUUAUGAGGAUACAGAUGUUUUCCCCCGGGACUUUGGGUCUGCAAAUAUAUUGACCAGAGAAGAGAUCAGUGGAAUUCUUAAAGCUCAUGCAGAUGAAGUGGUCACUGCGACACUGAAGCCAAUCCACAUUAGCCGUUCAAAUGUUUGGACUACUGCUGUGCGCCAGUUUAGCAGAACCAGUUUUGCAGAGAACUUAGGGACGCUGUAUGUAACCUUUGCCAGUGACGAGAUGGAUGGUGAUGAAGAUGCAGCGGACCUAGGAGGGCCCAGACGAGAGUUCUUUCGUUUACUUGUGAGGGCCAUCUUCAAAGACAGUGGAGCAUUUGAAGAGACUCCAAAUGGGUUUAUUCCCAGAAUGAACAUACGUCAUGUACAACAAAAACUAUACAAGAUGAUUGGGCAGAUGAUGGCAACCAUAAUAGUCCAAGGGGGUGAACCUCCAGCAUUCCUUGCGCCUCAUGUUGUUGACUACAUCAUGACAGGAGAUAUCAACCAAGUUCAUGUGACACCUGACGACUUAGCUGAUGCUUCAUUAAGGGAUUCGCUGAAGAGGAUCAAAGGAGCAGGCACACAAGAUGAAUUGGAGAAAAUACUUGAAUGCUGUGAAUGGAGGUUUGAUGUUGAGGGCCUUCCAAACCCCGUCACCAUGGAGAAUAAGCAUACAUUUGUUAACACUGCGGCACUAUACAACAUGAUCCUGCAACGCCAGAGCUGCCUUAAUCAGUUGAUUGAUGGUCUCUCCUACUACAAAGUGCUCCCGCUUUUAAAGGAUAAUCCAAGUAUGCGCAUCAUCAUCCUUGACAUGCCAACAGGACUGCAUCUAACUCCAGAAGUUUUGGCUGGCCUGUUAAAGCCGAGUUAUUCGGUUUUAGGAAGUAACAGAAGGCCUAAAGAGGAGCUGAUUGUGGUCAAAUUCAGAGCAUUCCUUCAAAGUGUACAGAGCAAGGAGCUUGACGAAACAUUCCAAGAGCGAGCCCUGACAGAGACUGAACAGGAUUUUCUACACAACAUCAGCCUCGGCCACAUAUUGGCAUUUGUGACAGGCAGCAGCCAGGUCCCAGCCACCGGAUUUGAACCUUAUCCAAAAAUGUCGUUUGUGCAUGAUGACAAGCACCUCCCCAUUGCACACACCUGUUCAAAUGAACUUCAACUCUUCAUCAAUUCCAAAACCUUGGCAGAUGGUGACUUUUUUGAGUACAGCCUUCUGGUGGCUCUCAUGAAUGGGGGAAUGUUUAGUGCUGUCUAAUCCAGUGAUUCUAGGGGUCAUCAAAAACUCAUUGCAGCUUUGUUCUGUGUUAAAAAAUAUAUAUAUACUGGAGUUUAAUUUAUCAGUUCUCAUCAUCCUCUUGUUUAAAGCUGGCUACAAGCAGUGGGGUUUUUUUUAUGGGGAAAUCUGGUGGUCCUCAAAUAAUAGAUUCUGUGCUUGCUACUGCCAAUGUUCAAUCUUUAAGAAUAUAUAUUGGUGCAUCGCACACUUUAAGAGAUCUUGGCUUAAAAAAAGGUUGGUUUUUCCAUAGAACCCCAUAUGUCUUUGUGUGUGUGGGGGCUGGGAUUGGACGGCAGGGAAGGCUAAUGAUCAUAAAUAACAUAAUGUGAACUGUAAGCAUAGUUAGGUUAAAACAAACAAUGAGGAAAGAAGGACUUGAAAUAAACUGUGAAAACGGUUGUACUUUCAAUUGGGAAAUGUUUUUUGCAUUGCAUUUGCUCAAAACAAAUUAUGCUCCUUCAAUCAAUCGUCCGUUGAUUUGUAUUCAUGUCAUUAUUAUUGAUACAGUCGUUCAGCUGUGUAAUGUCUGUGACUGACAUUUUUGAGUGACUUGAAGUGUUGGCAACUGCCUGUUGAGACAGAAUCAAUAUAAGCAUAUAUUAGGAUAGCAUAUAAGGAUUUUUUAAAAAAGGGUUGGGUUGCUGAACAUAGCAUAAUUUCCAUGUUAUGUGAAACUGAUUCCAUUUCUGUUGUGUAACAAGCUGUGUGUUUUUCCAAAUAAAUGUCCUGAGCCUUU